UAUUUUUUCCUGUUGACCAGAUUGCAUUGCAGAGAACUCAUACCUCAAUUCAUGUCCAAACCGAAACACUGUUCAAUCAAACCCUUUAAACCCUAACAUAUUCCAUUAAACCUGGUCAUAGCAAUCGCGUGAUCGAGCUUCCGAACAUGGCCGUCCGUCUUCAAUUCGAGAACUCGUGCGAUGUCGGGGUGUUCUCCAAGCUCACCAAUGCCUACUGUUUGGUUGCCAUAGGAGGUUCUGAGAAUUUCUACAGCGCUUUUGAAUCGGAGCUGGCUGAUGUGAUUCCGGUGGUGAAGACCUCCAUCUCCGGCACUCGCAUCAUUGGUCGCCUUUGCGCUGGUAACAAAAAUGGGCUUUUGAUGCCUCAUAAUACCACUGACCAAGAGCUUCAGCACCUGAGAAACAGUUUACCUGAUCAAGUUGUUGUUCAGCGCAUAGAAGAGAAACUAUCUGCUCUUGGGAAUUGUAUAGCUUGCAAUGACCAUGUGGCUCUCACUCACACCGAUCUUGACAAGGAAACUGAAGAGAUGAUAGCAGAUAUUCUGGGAGUAGAAGUUUUCAGGCAGACAAUUGCCGGAAAUAUUCUUGUUGGCAGCUACUGUGCCUUCUCCAAUAGAGGUGGCUUGGUUCACCCCCACACAUCUGUUGAAGACUUGGACGAACUUUCAACACUUCUUCAGGUUCCUUUGGUUGCUGGGACGGUCAACCGGGGGAGUGAAGUGAUUGCGGCUGGCAUGACAGUGAACGACUGGACGGCCUUCUGUGGCACAGACACCACUGCAACUGAACUCUCUGUUAUAGAGAGUGUCUUCAAAUUGAGGGAGGCACAACCUAGCGCUAUUGUCGAUGAAAUGAGGAAAUCAUUGAUCGAUACUUAUGUCUGAUUUUCUAUUAUUAUUAUUAUUAUUAGUGGCGUUAGAUCGCUUGCAAUGUUUGAAAUAUCAACGCUGUUAAUAUAUGACAAUGUCUGUAACUUUUCGAAGUAUGUUUUAAAGCUCUUGUCGUUGCUCCGUUUACUUGUUAUAAAGAAAUUUACAAGUGCAGAAUGUAAUAAUGUGUACAUUUUAUUUGGUUACAAGUUAUUCAAUCUUAAAAAUUUUAGUAUUUUAACUACUAAAAUACUAUCGCAGGCUAGUAGAAUCUGGCGUGCUUUCUUCUC